CCCCGCCACCGCCGAGCAACAUGGCGUCUAGAGUCGCAGCCUUCCUCAAGAACGCCUGGGCCCAGGAGCCGGUGCUGGUUGUGUCCUUCGCCAUCGGGGGCCUCGCUAUAAUAAUGCCCCCUAUCAGUCCCUACACCAAAUACUCCAGCAUGAUCAACCAGGCCACGCCCUACAACUACCCAGUGCCCGUCCGAGAUGAUGGGAACAUGCCUGAUGUGCCCAGCCACCCCCAGGAUGCCCAGGGCCCCAGCUUGGAGUGGCUGAAGAACUUGUGAGCACCUCUGUAAUGGACGGGAAGUGGGCCCCUGCCCUGUCCCCAAAU